AUGGCUUCCGCACCGACUGUCACUCGUUCCUGGAUUUUAGCCAAUCACCCCAAGGGCCUUCCGACGUUCUCCAGCACCGAUGAAAACCCAACGUUCAAACUCGUUGAGAAGCCUGUGCCAAAUCUACAACCAAACCAGGUCCUAGUGAAAAGCCUAUUCUUCUCCAACGAUCCAGCGCAACGAGUUAGCAUUGAAUCAUCAAUCCCUCCUGAGCGCCUGUACGCCCCUCCCGUGCAACUGCAAGCACCCAUGGGAGCGCGUGGUUUGGGCCAAAUCAUCGCAUCGACAGCAGAAAGCUUGCCUCCAGGCACACUCAUCCAGGCAGUCCUCGGCUGGAACGAAUAUGUCGUGCUGAGUGCGGCGGAUUGCACUCCUCGAAACCCAUUACCUAACGGGCUGAGUCCGACCCAUUAUCUGGGCGCUCUUGGUGGCCCCGGAUUAACCGCAUAUUACGGCCUGGUCGUGGUGGGAGAAGCAAAAGCCGGCAUGAGAGUCGUCGUCUCGGGAGCUGCAGGAGCUACUGGGAGCAUGGCAGUUCAGAUUGCGAAGAAUAUCGUCGGCUGCUCCGAAGUCAUUGGCAUUGCAGGCACAGAUGAUAAAUGCCGCUGGGUCGAGAGUCUCGGUGCAGAUUUGUGUUUGAAUUACCGUGGCCCGACCUUCGAACAGGACCUGGUCAAAGCUACCGACGGGUUUGUGGAUAUUUAUUUCGAUAAUGUCGGCGGUCAUAUCCUGGAUUUAAUGCUCGCAAGGCUGAAACGAAACGGGGUCUCUAUCGCAUGCGGCUCGAUUUCCGGCUACAAUUCCCAAGAGCCUACCGUUUUAAAGAAUUACUUCCAAAUCAUCACGAUGCGCCUCUCGGUCCGCGGCUUCAUCGUGACCGAUUUCAUGUCCACGUUCAACGAAACAAUCGCCCUCUUCAUCCGAUCCCUUAAAGAAGGAAAACUCAAAAUCUCGGACGAGAAUGAACAGGUGGUUCCGACGAAGUUCGAAGAUGUUCCCAAGACCUGGCUGAGAUUGUUUGAGGGAUCGAAUACAGGCAAAUUAGUAACGAAACUAAUCUAG